AUGCUAAGAGGUGAAGGAACAGGUAGGAGGGAGGGGGUUCCAAAACCACGCAUCACGCGCGAGACCAUUUACGUCUUCCUCACUGCGCAAACCGAGCUCAGUCGUAGCUCUUGCAGAUUCGUGAGGAAUUGGGUGCUGGCCCACAGCGUGUCGUAACGCGCUCUAAUUUUGUGGGAGGCUCGGGUUGUAAUUUUCUCUGUUGACCUUCAUCAGCCACUGCAUACACUCGGCUUGUAGGGUCGGUGGUCGCUCAACGAGCUCCACACAGCAUGGGCUCCGAGUUCUUUCAAGUUUCAAAACAGUCGAGGCGAGUUGUUAUCAAUCAAUCGUAUCGCAUGUUUUGAGCGACGGCGGGUAUUGUUGCACGUCGUGUGCGUGUUGUUUUGGCGGUCGUGCGUUGUGAAGUGCGUGUUUUUUUGUGGUGUUGCGUGCGUGAAGCCUCAGUUGUUGAUCUCAGUGGAACAUUACGGUAGACCGAGGUUGAGCAGCAGCGUUGAUGUUUGGUGAGUCGAUGUUCGUUCGUGAUUGCUCCGGUGUCCCACGAUGAAUCCAGUCAUACGGAGUCGAGGAUGAGGAUGCUCUCGAGGGUAUGGACACCACCCAAUUCAGUAUUUAAUAUUUAAGGUGUUCACACGUAUUGAUUUGUUGUCGUGCCCCCGGCAUGGCUACGGCCGAUAACUCCAGCAGUGGACAGUGGCGGUGGCGGCGGUAUUUUGAUGUUUUGCUAUUUGGAGGCGAGGUAGGCGGCAUGAUGGGCGCCGAGAACAUGCCGUGGCUUGAAGAAGAGAGUUUCGUUUCGCGCUACUGCUAGGGACUUGAAAAAAGACGUUUUGCUGUGUCAAGUAGUUCUUCUGUUGUACCAUACAUGGCUGCUGAAAGCCGUUUGGAUCCAGCUGCUCGUGACUGCCACGGGCAGGUGCUUGUGUGUGUGUCCGGCGAAGAAACUUUUUUCGCCACUUGCAUCAUACGUUGUUUUUGACACAAUCUUUGUCGCGUGGAGGGUGUCGUAUUUUUGCAAAAAAAACGUCUUUCUUGUGUUUGUCUUGGUUUGUUUGGUGUUUGUCUUGGUUUGGUGUGCUUCGGUCGUAUUCCCGUCCAUGUUAUUAUUGCUGGACAGGCUGUUGAAGUGGCAUCUCCCUCAACAGAUGCGCACUUGUUCGGUCGGUAGAGAGCUGUUCAUGUCUGU